CGUUGAUUGCGCUGACGUUGUGAUAGAAAAUGGUAUUGCGAGUUGUCAGUUGAUCCUUGAUUAACCAAAAAAUCGGCAUUUUUCAAAUAUAUUUUUAACAAACUUUCCAUAAUCGUCAAAGAAAAUGCACACCGUUUUAACACGUGCAAAUGCCAUUUUGGCGUACACCCUGAGCGUAUCUGCUUGCCUUACGUUCUGCUGCUUCCUGUCGACAGUUUUCAUCGAUUAUAGAGCGAAUGCAACAUUAAAUACUGUAAAAGUUGUUGUAAAGAACGUACCAGACUACAGUGCAUCUAGAGAGAAGAAUGAUCUUGGUUUUUUGACCUUUGACUUACAGACUGAUCUCAGUCCACUAUUCAACUGGAAUGUAAAACAACUGUUCCUGUACCUGACUGCAGAGUACAGAACAGAAACAAAUGAAAUAAAUCAAGUAGUACUAUGGGAUAAAAUUGUAUUACGUGGUGACAAUGCAGUGCUUGAUUUCAAGAAUAUGAAUACGAAGUAUUACUUCUGGGAUGACGGCAAUGGUCUCAGGGGGAAUAAAAAUGUGACGUUAACACUCUCUUGGAACAUAAUUCCCAAUGCAGGAUUUCUACCAAGUGUCAGUGCUCAUGGCUCACAUACUUUCUCCUUUCCAGCAGAGUAUACCACGUCUCGCGUGUGAUUCAACAAGAACAUUUUAAACGUGUCAAUCGUUUUUUAAGUUUUCAUUGUGUACGAAGUAUAAAAUUUCAUGGAGAAAGUGAUAA